CUUCAUUUUAAAGGUUAACUUUAUUAUUAUUUUUAGUUAGCUCAUAGGGAAAUUUAUUUUUUACCUCUUUUAAAGCUUUAGAUCUUUCUUAAUUGACACACAAUUAUUUGAGUGCUUUCUAUGUCGUGCAUGCAGUCAGAUCCUACCUAUGGGCUCUGCUUAUCUAAUAAAGGAGGUAAAGUAAUGAUGUAUAUCUGGAACACAAGGUAAUGAAUCCUAUUACUUGGAUACGUCCCUCUUCUGAUUUGCAGACAACUUAACUGUGACAUCUGGUCUUUAGCCAGUGCUGGAGAUGGAGCAGAAUUAAGUAUUUGAGAGCUAUUUCAUUUGUUUCUCCAUUUUAACUAUGGUCCUUUCUGAAUGUGUUCAAAGAACUUUUCAUAGCUAUAGUCCUCUAAUUUUAUGUAAACUAAGUAUACUUUCUAUUGCUUCUUUUUUACUAUAAAACCUUGUGUGUUCGUUUUAGAAAAAUUAGAAAAUACUGAAAAGUAAAAAAGAAAAAUGAAAAAAAAUUAUCAAAAGAGAAUUCCUGGUAACAUGUUGGCACAUACUCCAAAGUCUAUUCUAUAUAAUUCAUAUAUAAUUGUUUUUAUGAAAUGAAACCAAAGUGCUUGGUCAACAGCUUAUUACACUGAAUAUCAUAUCUUUGACAUUACGUAUUUUUUAAAUGUUGUUACAACUUUUUUUAUUGAGCAACUAAUAUCUAGGGCAGUGAUCACUUCGGCUUGCAGACAAAUUUUGCGUAGUCUGAGGAGUGUUUGCUGAUCUUUUGAAAAGGAGAUUUCACAUAAAAAUCCAGAUGUCUAAUUCCUCUUGAAAGUUGGGAAGCACUGCAGUGCUCAUUAUCUGCUUGGCCACAGCUGGUGGGAGCUGAUUGUGGCCCAUGUUAGCUGGGGCCUGUGCCCUGCGUUCAGUGCAAUCCUCCCCUAGUUUCCUUCAUUCCUUGAUGUUCAUGCCUGAUUCCUGAAGCCAGCUGAAUCUGCAAGAGUAGUGGUUUGUCUAGGAUAGUGGUUUUUCAAUGAGACUGUAGUGGCCUCUAAAGCAAGGUUUGGGAAUUUGUGGGAAUGUUUUCUGGGUGCCACAAUGCUUGGAGGGUGCUACUCACAUUUAUUGGACUUGAUUCAGGGGUGUGAGAGGUCCCAUAAUGUGAGGGAUAGUCCUGUACCUGGAAGAAGUUUUCUUAUGUCCUGCAUUUUAAAAUAUCCCUUUGGACAUUCAUUUGGGUAAAACACCAGUUUAUAAUUAUUUGAACCUGGAAACAAAAUCUGUUGAACUUAUGAAAACUGUUUUUAUUCAGAUUUAGUGUUCACUGAAUUGUCUAGGGCUAUGACUAUCAUAUAAUUUCAUGUUUUAUUAUUAGAAGUUUUACUAUGAAUUGUUCACCAUUUGGAAAACCAUGUCAUUGACAACAGCAUAGCCUAUGGUACUUGAAUAACCACCACACACAGCUCCUUCAGUGUGUGUUUGGAGCUCCCUUGUUCAAUAUAGAAAAAAAGAAAAUUGAGACUCCUUAGAUCUUUUAUGAAUAAGUAAUAAUUUUCAUUUCCUAUGAGAGAAUAUUAGUCGUUCUUCAUAUUUUCUUUACUUCUACAGUCUGUAAUUUGCCUUAGCAUGUUAUCUGGACUUCAGUUAAUCUUAUUUUCCUUUAUUUUAUCAUGUACCUAUAAGUCUGGCAUAUUGUUUCUUAUUUUAUUACUAGAUUUUAUUCCAAUGUCCACUCAAACCCUCUAGUGUCUCAUUUUCCUGCCUUUCUUGUAAGGGCUAGCUUCUUGUUUCUUCUCUUUGAUAUAUAUUUACUCAUUGGUAGUAGGGCAAGCAUUGGAGGAUUUCUUAAAUGUGUAAAUGCUCAAGCCUGGGAGCACUUCACUGAUUUUUAAAAAUACACUCUAUAGAGAUUGAAUUUAGAAUCUAUCAGUUUCAUUUUAGGUUAGCAAAAGAGGCAUUGCAACAUACUUGUUUUAAAAGUGGGACUUUGUGCUUGGUAAGCUUAAUGUUCUAGAUGAGCAUCAAAGAUGUAUAUAGGUCCUAAAGAGGCUUAUAGUCUUCUAAAAAGACAUUACAUAGAAAUAAUUUACAGCUAGACUUAGAGGAUGAUAAAAUAUGCUCUAGGAUCUCAGAGAGGGGCAAAUUGGUAUGUUUGAACUGGGAAGGAAGGUUGUAGAAGUAGCUGAGGAGGUGCCCCCGAAUGUAGAAGCUUGAGGAGGCUGCAGAGAGCUUUAGAGAUGGAGAGAGUGCGUCUUUUUCUUUUUUCCUUCCCUUCUUUCCACUUUAGAGCUCUGUAUCUUUUCCUCUUCCUUCCUUGAAGACACAGAAGCUACAGAUGUAAGUGACAGAGACUAAAGCAACUUGGUCAUGGAUGUGAAGUGUUGAUUUUAGGUAUUUGUUUUCACCUUAAACUCAGACAAAUAUAAAGAUGUGGCCUUGAGGGCUCGGAAUUGUGCAGCUGUCGCUCUUCAAGGCAAAUUGUAGGUGGGAUCUCAGAGCAAGACAUCACUUGCAUUUCAUUUCAGUACAGUACAUUUUCUUAGCUCUAAUCAGAAAACAAACUUAUAGAGAUGGAAAAAUAAAUUCGAUAGCUCUCCAGAGUUUUUUCUUUCCUUAUUUUAUUAGGUGAGUAAUAUUGAAUGGGGGGAAUACUAAGAAGGGAAAGGUGACAGUAGUGAAUUGCUAGUUUCUUAGCCUGUCUCAGUUUACCAAGUUUAACUCUUUUUGCGACACCAUCACCACAUGUGAAUAUAUACAAACUGCUCUAAAUGGACCUUUUCUCAGCCAAUCAGAGGACACAGUUAAUGAGUCUUCGAUGAUGACUUGGACUUCAGACAUUCUUAUUUCCUAAUGUCAUAAUCCUUAGAUAUGGUGGGGAACACACUUCAAAGUGAAUACUCCAGGUUUAAUUCAAAUGCCACCCAUUUUGUAGCUUAGAAAAUUGUGUGAUGUCGGGCUCUUGGGUGACUGUGUUUUGUAUGUUGCAAUCUUUUGGAGUUGGAUCAUCAUAUCCAAAGUAUUUUAUUAAAAUCUGUCACAGGCUCUUUAUUUUGUUCUCAUUUAUUGCAGAUCUUUGUACCUAUAAAACAGUUCAUACCUUCUUCAGAGGAUGUUUAAUUUUCCCUCAUCCAGAGGCACAUAUCUGCUCCUUUGUCCUGUGUUUUAAUUGCUAAACUCCAGGGGAAGAGAAUCGUCCGAGCCAGGGCCCCAAGUUGUGGAAGUUUCUAUAUCCGGCAAACUGGCACCAUUCCAGGGCAGAACAAUUUAUCAACAAAUGAAACAGCAGCUACUUCCCACACGUCCUCUGAUUGCAUUAAAAAAUCACUCCCCUUCCUACCCAGCUGACUGAGUUUGCUUUGAGUCUGGAGCUGAGAGACAUUCUCUCUCCUCCUCCUCCUCCUCACUUUGUUGAAUCGCUGGUUUCUGUAGUUUAUUAGCUUCUUAUUAAUAGUAAUAAAAUGUUCAUUCAUUAACUGUCUCAUGCCUAUGAGCUAGAUAUUGUCACUGUGUUUCCCCUCGAGUUAUGCUGUUUUUAUAAAAUCGUGCUGUAGCAGGGAAGUGAGCUGGAAAACUGAUUUUGUGUCUGUAGCAUCAGGUACUAUUUAACCAGUGGGAGGGACUGAUAAAAUUAGCAAGUUGACUAACCACUUCCCUUCCUUGUGGCUCUUUAAUAUUAUAACGGAUACAGAAAAGUUCAGAAGAACUGGGCUAGUUUUCGAAACCACAGCACGCUUUGGCAAAGAGGGAAUGCACAACAGAAUGGGUACCUUGCUGCAAAAAGAGGCAAAGUGAUGGAAUCAAAUAUAUGCAUUACAACUCCAGAUGGGGUGGCUGGACGAGAGCAGCUCUUGGCUCAGCAGAGAAUGCACAGUAUGAUCAGCUCAGUGGAUGUGAAAUCAGAGGUUCCUGUGGGCCUGGAGCCCAUCUCACCUUUAGACCUAAGGACAGACCUCAGGAUGAUGAUGCCCGUGGUGGACCCUGUUGUCCGUGAGAAGCAACUGCAGCAGGAGUUACUCCUCAUCCAGCAACAGCAGCAAAUCCAGAAGCAGCUCCUGAUUGCAGAGUUUCAGAAACAGCAUGAGAACUUGACACGGCAGCACCAGGCUCAACUUCAGGAGCACAUCAAGUUGCAACAGGAACUUCUAGCCAUAAAACAGCAACAAGAACUUCUAGAAAAGGAGCAGAAACUGGAGCAGCAGAGGCAAGAACAGGAAGUAGAGAGGCAUCGCAGAGAACAGCAGCUUCCUCCUCUCAGAGGCAAAGAUAGAGGACGAGAAAGGGCAGUGGCAAGUACAGAAGUAAAGCAGAAGCUUCAAGAAUUCCUUUUGAGUAAAUCAGCAACAAAAGACACUCCAACUAAUGGAAAAAAUCAUUCCGUGAGCCGCCAUCCCAAGCUCUGGUACACGGCUGCCCACCACACGUCAUUGGAUCAAAGCUCUCCACCCCUGAGUGGAACGUCUCCAUCCUACAAAUAUACAUUACCAGGAGCACAAGAUGCAAAGGACGAUUUCCCCCUUCGAAAAACUGCCUCUGAGCCCAACUUGAAGGUGCGGUCCAGGUUAAAACAGAAAGUGGCAGAGAGGAGAAGCAGCCCCUUACUCAGGCGGAAGGAUGGAAAUGUUGUCACUUCAUUCAAGAAGCGAAUGUUUGAGGUGACAGAAUCCUCAGUUAGUAGCAGUUCUCCAGGUUCUGGUCCUAGUUCACCAAAUAAUGGGCCAACUGGAAAUGUUACUGAAAAUGAGACUUCGGUUUUGCCGCCUACUCCUCAUGCUGAGAAAAUGGUUUCACAGCAACGCAUUCUAAUUCACGAAGAUUCCAUGAACCUGCUAAGUCUUUAUACCUCUCCCUCUUUGCCCAACAUUACCUUGGGACUUCCAGCAGUGCCAACCCAGCUCAAUGCUUCAAAUUCACUCAAAGAAAAACAGAAGUGUGAGACCCAGACACUCAGGCAAGGCGUUCCUCUGCCUGGGCAGUAUGGGGGCAGCAUCCAGGCAUCUUCAAGCCAUCCCCAUGUCACUUUGGAGGGAAAGCCCAACAGCAGCCACCAAGCUCUCCUGCAGCAUUUAUUAUUGAAAGAACAAAUGCGACAGCAAAAGCUUCUUGUGGCUGGUGGAGUUCCUUUGCAUCCUCAGUCUCCCUUGGCAACAAAAGAGAGAAUUUCACCUGGCAUUAGAGGUACCCACAAAUUACCCCGUCACAGACCCCUGAAUCGAACCCAGUCUGCACCUUUGCCUCAGAGCACUUUGGCUCAGCUGGUCAUUCAGCAGCAACACCAGCAGUUCUUGGAGAAGCAGAAGCAAUACCAGCAGCAGAUCCACAUGAACAAACUACUUUCGAAAUCUAUUGAACAACUGAAGCAACCAGGCAGUCACCUCGAGGAAGCAGAGGAAGAGCUUCAGGGGGACCAGGCGAUGCAGGAAGACAGAGCGCCCUCUAGUGGCAACAGCACUAGGAGCGACAGCAGUGCUUGUGUGGAUGACACUCUGGGACAAGUUGGGGCUGUGAAGGUCAAGGAGGAACCAGUGGACAGUGAUGAAGAUGCUCAGAUCCAGGAAAUGGAAUCUGGGGAGCAGGCUGCUUUUAUGCAACAGCCCUUCCUGGAGCCCCAGCACACAUGUGCGCUUUCGGUGCACCAAGCUCAGUUGGCUGUGGUUGGUAUGGAUGGAUUAGAGAAACAUCAUCUUGUCUCCAAGACUCAUUCCUCUCCUGCUGCCUCCGUUUUACCUCACCCAGCAAUGGACUGCCCCCUUCAGCCUGGCUCUGCAACUGGAAUUGCCUACGACCCCCUGAUGCUGAAACACCAGUGCAUUUGUGGUAAUUCCACCACUCACCCUGAGCAUGCUGGACGAAUACAGAGCAUCUGGUCACGGCUGCAAGAAACAGGGCUGCUAAAUAAAUGUGAGCGAAUUCAAGGUCGAAAAGCCAGCUUGGAGGAAAUACAGCUUGUUCAUUCUGAACAUCACUCACUGUUGUACGGCACCAACCCCCUGGAUGGACAGAAGCUGGACCCCAGGACACUCCUAGGUGGCACUUCUCAAAAGUUUUUUUCUUCAUUACCUUGUGGUGGAAUUGGGGUGGACAGUGACACCAUUUGGAAUGAGCUCCACUCGUCCGGUGCUGCACGCAUGGCUGUUGGCUGUGUCAUCGAGCUGGCUUCCAGAGUGGCCUCAGGAGAGCUGAAGAAUGGGUUUGCUGUUGUGAGGCCCCCUGGCCAUCACGCUGAAGAAUCCACAGCCAUGGGGUUCUGCUUUUUUAAUUCGGUUGCAAUUACCGCCAAAUACUUGAGAGACCAACUAAAUAUAAGCAAGAUAUUGAUUGUAGAUCUGGAUGUUCACCAUGGAAACGGUACACAGCAGGCCUUUUAUGCUGACCCCAGCAUCCUGUAUAUUUCACUCCAUCGCUAUGAUGAAGGGAACUUUUUCCCUGGCAGUGGAGCCCCAAAUGAGGUUGGAACAGGCCUUGGAGAAGGAUACAAUAUAAACAUUGCCUGGACAGGUGGCCUUGAUCCCCCCAUGGGAGAUAUUGAGUACCUUGAAGCAUUCAGGACUGUAGUGACGCCUGUGGCCAAAGAGUUUGAUCCAGACAUGGUCCUGGUUUCUGCUGGAUUUGAUGCAUUAGAAGGCCACGCCCCUCCUCUGGGCGGGUACAAAGUGACAGCAAAAUGCUUUGGUCAUUUGACGAAGCAGUUGAUGACACUGGCCGAUGGACACGUGGUGUUGGCUCUGGAAGGAGGACAUGAUCUCACAGCCAUCUGCGAUGCAUCAGAAGCCUGUGUAAAUGCCCUUCUAGGAAAUGAGCUGGAGCCACUUGCAGAAGAUAUUCUCCAGCAAACCCCGAAUAUGAAUGCCGUUAUUUCUUUACAGAAGAUCAUUGAAAUUCAAAGCAAAUACUGGAAGUCGGUAAGGAUGGUAGCUGUGCCAAGGGGCUGUGCUCUGGCUGGGGCUCAGUUGCAGGAGGAAACAGAGACUGUUUCUGCCCUGGCCUCCCUGACAGUGGAUGUGGAACAGCCCUUUGCUCGAGAAGACAGCAGGUAUGGAUCCAACAUGGGGGAAUCAUUAAGAACUGCUGGUGAGCCUAUGGAAGAGGAGCCAGCCUUGUGAAGUGCCAAGUCCCCCCCACUGAUAUUUCCUGUGUGUGACAUCAUUGUGUAUCCCCUCCACCCCAGCACCCUCAGACAUGUCUUGUCUGCCGCCUGGGUGGCACAGAUUCGAUGGAACAUAAACACUGGGCACAAAAUUCUGAACAGCAGCUUCACUUGUUCUUUGGAUGGACUUGAAAGGGCAUUAAAGAUUCCUUAAACGUAA